ACUUGUCCAAUAUAAACCAACGAAAGUUGAAGUGCUUUUAACAGAUAAGAAGAAAAAAUGGUGAGUGGGGAAUCUCAAACUUGACAGAGGUAACAAUUAAAGAUGACGUGAUCAUCCCCUAUCGAAAGACCCAAGCAUCACCUAGUGGGGACGGUGAUGAGACAUAUGAUAGAUCUAAGAUGUCUUAUACAACAAUGCUUCAUCUUGUCAAUCUCAAAUUAUUCCAUCCCUCAUUUAUAGAGCCAUUUGAGGAUCAAGAGAAAGAUUCAACAGAUCAUCUCCAUUCACCACUGUGCUUUCAACAAUCAACACCAAGUGAACUGAGCAUUGGGAAGAGGAGACUUCUGCAAGGAAGAAAUUCACUGCUACAACAAACUAAGAUGCCAACUGAAGAAACUAGUGAUCAAGGCACACCACAACUGAAUCCAGGGGAGGAGUUGAAUUUGAGCCUCAGAGGGGAACCCUCACGAGCAUCCAGAGAAUCUGAGGUACAAUCAAGACUUGCUUCAGCCAAGGUUUUCUCAUGCAACUUCUGCAUGCGAAAGUUCUAUAGCUCACAGGCAUUGGGUGGUCACCAAAAUGCUCACAAAAGGGAAAGAGGCGCAGUACGACAUCAUCAGUUGCACAAAAAGAUGGCAAUGAUGGCCCUGCCCAUGCCUAUCCGCACUUCCAUGUUCAGAUCACUUGGGGUCCAAGCCCAUUCCCUUGUGCAAAAACCUGGCAGAGAUGAAAAUACGACUGUAGCCAGACUUGGUGAGGCUAACACGAGAUUUGGAAUAGCACAGCAGCAUGGCACACCGGAAGUACCAGCAGAUUUGAUGUGGCCUGGAAGCUUCAGACCCGAACCUCAACAACCAGAGCAGAAAUCAUUCAACUCAACUAUGCUCGACUUAAAUCUCAAACUUUAAAACUUAUGUUUCUGCAGGGCAAGUAUUAUAGUAGAUUUUAUCGUAACCUAUGCUUUCUAGAUAUUUGCCAGAGGAUAGGAGUGACUAUUUAAAGCUCAAUGUGUCAUUGCUGAAGUUCAUUAUUUUUAGUUUCCUGUUCUUUGUUUGUAAUCUAGUGAGUACAACAAUAAAGUACAGACUGCAAAUCUGAUAGUAGACACCUAAAACCUGUAUCCCUAUUCCCUAAGCACAUCUUGCACUGCAUGUUUCCCUGUCAAAAGUCCACUAUGUUCUACUGGGUGUGUGAAAUAAUGAAAGAACAGUGAUAGCAGCCUCA